GGAGCUCCUAGAAGGAACUUCCCUUCCAAGGCUACUUUGCUGAAGUCUCAUCCUUCUGAGGAGAGUCAGCCUGGAGCAUGCAGCAGGACGGGAUCAGCAGCAUGAACCAGCUUGGGGGGCUCUUUGUGAAUGGCCGGCCCCUGCCUCUGGAUACCCGGCAGCAGAUUGUGCGGCUAGCAGUCAGUGGAAUGCGGCCCUGUGACAUCUCACGGAGCCUUAAGGUAUCUAACGGCUGUGUGAGCAAGAUCCUAGGGCGUUAUUACCGCACGGGUGUCUUGGAGCCCAAGGGCAUUGGGGGAAGCAAGCCACGGCUGGCUACACCCCCUGUGGUGGCUCGAAUUGCCCAGCUGAAGGGUGAGUGUCCAGCUCUCUUUGCCUGGGAAAUCCAACGCCAGCUUUGUGCUGAAGGGCUUUGCACCCAGGACAAGACUCCCAGCGUCUCCUCCAUCAACCGAGUCCUGCGGGCACUACAGGAGGACCAGGGACUACCGUGGACACAGCUCAGGUCACCAGCUGUUUUGGCUCCAGCUCUCCUCACUCCCCACAGUGGCUCUGAGACUCCCCGGGGUCCCCACCCAGGGACCGGCCACCGGAAUCGGACUAUCUUCUCCCCAAGCCAAGCAGAGGCACUGGAGAAAGAGUUCCAGCGUGGGCAGUAUCCUGAUUCAGUGGCCCGUGGAAAGCUGGCUGCUGCCACCUCUCUGCCUGAGGACACUGUGAGGGUCUGGUUUUCCAACAGAAGAGCCAAAUGGCGCCGGCAAGAGAAGCUCAAGUGGGAAAUGCAACUGCCAGGUGCUUCCCAGGGGCUGACUGUAUCAAGAGUUGCCCCAGGAAUCAUCUCUGCACAGCAGUCCCCUGGCAGUGUGCCCACAGCAGCCCUGCCUGCCCUGGAACCGCUGGGUCCUUCCUGCUAUCAGCUGUGCUGGGCAACAGCACCAGACAGGUGUCUGAGUGACACCCCACUUAAAGCCUGUCUCAAGCCCUGCUGGGGCCACUUGCCCCCACAGCCGAAUUCCCUGGACUCAGGACUGCUUUGCCUUCCUUGCCCUUCCUCCCACUGUCCCCUGGCCAGUCUUAGUGGCUGUGAGGCCCUGCUCUGGCCUGGCUGCCCACUACUGUACGGCUUGGAAUGAGGCAGGAAUGGGAAGGAGAUGGCAUAGGGAGGAUCUAAUACCAUCCUGCCCAUUGUCCUUACCAUCUUGCCCAUAUAGACUGUGGCUCCUUCCUCUUUCCUGUGAUUGCUCCCUCCUGUGUGGA